AUGUUCCGCCCUCACGUAAUCUACGUCACAGACGUCCAGCUGGCGGGAGUGUAGUGUAGUGCACAGCAGCCCUUCAAACACUAUCACGCGUCUAUACCCAGAGUAUCGUUCUUUUAAAGUUUGUUUCGUUUAAAUAAUCAUUUUAUUUGUGGAAAUGAUUGGACAGAAAAGUAUCACCUCGUUUUUUUCGCCAGUAUCCAAAAAAAGAAAUCUGAAUGAGAUACUUACAUGCCUAGGGGAUGCAACAGAACAUGAGAAAAAACUAAAGUUGGAGCGCGACGAUGUUACAUCCCCACUGUCCCUGAGUCCUGAGCAACUUGAACGGAUAUCCAAAAACAAGAAGGCGGCUCUGGAAAGGCUCGCUGCAAACCAAGCUGAACCAAACGGGAUUGGAGAGAGCUGGAUGAAAGCGCUCAGCGCAGAAUUCGGAAAGCCCUACUUUAAAUUAUUAAUGUCUUUUGUUGCUGAGGAGAGGCAAAAACACACCAUCUAUCCACCUGAAAAUGAAGUUUUUACCUGGACACAAACAUGUGACAUAAAAGAUGUUAAGGUUGUGAUUCUUGGCCAGGAUCCUUAUCAUGGACCUAACCAGGCUCAUGGGCUUUGUUUCAGCGUGCAGAGACCUGUGCCGCCUCCACCAAGCUUGGUGAACAUCUUUAAAGAACUGGCUUCAGACAUUGAAGGAUUUGAGCAACCUGGUCACGGAGAUCUUACAGGAUGGGCAAAGCAAGGUGUGCAUCCUCUACUUUCUCCUCUUCACGGAGCACAUGUUAAAGGGAUAUUCAUCUAG